AUGACGGUUUUUAUUGCCUCACUUUUCCUUCCGUAUACUAUAGACUUCAAAGCCACUGAAUUAAGACAUGCUCGUCGCAAGUCCUCUGUCAGUUAUUCCUCACCCGAUGAUCAGGUCAUCGGGCGGCUAGCAGAGGCUCGCCGGAAUCGCCAUUUCAAAUCCUCAAGUUUCUAUCUGACUCCCGGGGCAAUCACGGACUAUGAAAUUUUCAAACCCUAUGCAUCUCAGUCUGCGGGAGAAAUCCCGUACACGGAUGACCCAAACGGCCCAGGUCCCAGUGAGCCUCGAUCCGUAUCGUGGGGUAAAAGCCGCAAGUUUAAUCAGCCACGAUCCAAGGCUACCUUUCAUCCUGAGCCGUCCAUCUUGAACCGCCCCGACCCAGAGGACGAGCUAUCUUAUCAUCUCGAUGGUGCUAUAGACACUAUAAGUUCGGAAGAUGAUCAUGGGAGUCCCCGCGCACUGCUUUCUGAUGCAGACUGGGUCGUCAAAUCUGCCGAACAGGGCAACGGUGGUCUGCGAAAUACAGUCAAAGCAGCCGUAGAAGCGGGUAUGUUGCCCGACAAAAUGUGGGUGGGCACCCUUGGCAUGCCAACCGAUUCAUUGAAAGACGAAACGUGUGCCAGCAUCUCGGAGACCCUCGAAGACGAAUUCGAAUCCAUCACGGUGUUUCCUAGCGAUAGUGAAUUUGAAGGACACUACACCCAUUUUUGCCGUGCUGUUCUAUGGCCGGCCUUCCACUAUCAGAUGCAGGAAAGUCCUCGCCAUACUGAAUAUGACGAUUACUCCUGGAAGCAAUACUUGAAAGUCAAUGAAGCAUUUGCCAACACCAUUGCAGCUCACUGGAAACCAGGUGAUAGCAUUUGGGUACAUGACUAUCAUCUUCUGCUACUUCCGUCUUUACUCAGGGAAAAGUUGCCCAAUGCAGAGAUCGGCUUCUUCAUGCAUGCUGCAUUCCCCUCGUCUGAAGUGUUCAGGUGCCUCAAUGCCCGGAAUGCACUGCUAGAGGGUCUUCUGGGUGCAGAUCUUGUUGGUUUUCAGACAGAUGAAUAUUGUCAUCAUUUCCUCCAGACGUGUAGUCGCCUUUUAAGUCUAGAGGUGACAAUUGAUGGGGUUCGACUCAACAAACGCUUCGUAAAUGUGAAAAGGAUCCCAUUUGGAAUCGACACAAAGGCCCUUGAUGAGCUGCGACAGUCUACAGAGGUCAAGGACUGGGUUUCUAACAUAUGCACGAGAUACAGGGGUAAGCGCUUGAUCGUUGCAAGAGAUAGGCUUGAUGCGCCAGGGGGUAUCAAGCAGAAGCUCUUGGCGUACGAAUUAUUUUUGAAGCGAAAUCGGAAAUGGAGAGAAAAUGUCGUCCUCAUCCAAGUUGCGUCGUCAGCAUCAGAACUGCCUGAACUGGAAGCCCAAGUCUCAAAGAUUGCAAUGAGAAUAAAUUCGAUUUACUCAACACUGACCCACCAGCCACUGGUGCUUCUGAGGCAAGACAUCAGUUAUUCUCAGUUCCUCGCGCUCAUGAGUGUCGCCGAGAUCUUUAUGGUGACCAGUCUGAGGGAGGGCAUGAAUCUUACCAGUCAUGACUACCUUCAUUACCAAGAUGGAAAACUCACAUUACAGCGUCAUGGUUCCCUCAUUCUUAGUGAGUUUACGGGGAGUGCCUCGAUUUUCAGUGGACAUGAGCUCCUUGUCAACCCAUGGGAUUAUAGGGAAGUGGCAGAUACAAUUAACAAGGCUCUUGAGAUGUCACCAGAGCAAAAACAGCGCAACUGGCAAUUUCUGCUCGAGAGGAAGGCACCGUACACUGCGUUAGCUUGGUGCGACGCAUUCCAAAAUGCUCUAUCCAAAGCUCACGCCUCUCAAUUAUCUCGCGAGCCUAGCCAAGUCUCAUCCCUCUCUGUCAAUGCAUUGAAACAGUCAUAUGAAAACUCCGAUGUAAGGCUUUUCUUGCUUGAGGAUGAAGGGACAAUCGGCUCUACCGCUUCAACACCCAGCAAGAAAAUGGUUCAUCUGUUAGAACACUUACUUUGCGAGCCGAAGAAUCUUGUCUACGUGACCAGUGAUAAAAGCCCUGAGCAACUCGAAACAAUGAUCCAUACACUUCCAUAUAGAGUGGGCUAUAUCGCCGAGAAUGGUUGCUUUUUACGAGAGAUUGGCGCAUCUCAGUGGGAGUCGCUAGUUGACAUGGACAAGAUAAAAGAUUGGAGAAAUGGAAUCCGCAAGGUGAUCGAGUAUUUCCAAGAAAGGACCGAAGGAAGCAAAAUGGAAGAACGACGCUGCUUGUUGACGUAUCGGUAUGACGAUGCUUACGAUCCUGAAAUUGCCAGCCGACAAGCCUCUGAGCUUGCGGACCAAAUCAAUGGUUCAAGGGGCAACGAGGCAAUUCGGGUUGUUUUAACUGAGGGAUUAGUGAGUGUCGAACCUCUGGAUGUCACAAAAGCGAAAGCCGCAGAUCUCAUCCUGCAGCAGCUACCAAGGAUUCCGGACUUCUUAUUUGUCGCAGGAGGCUCUCGGGGUGACGAAGCUUUGUUUCGCUGGGCCAACAGCUUGCAACUGGAGGAUAAAAUCCCCAAUGUGACCACCCUCACUGUGGGAUCCCAUGCUACGGAGGCAAAAGCGGUUCUACCGAGCGACCUAAGCAUUACAGACAUUGUAAGUGCUCUAUCUUCACCGACCAUGGCUGGCUUUCCAUUGAGCAACGGGCAUUCCACCUAA